CUGCCAAUCAUUCUGGAAGGGCGUGUUCAGACAGGAGUUUGUGGCAGGAGUCUGGACUGUACAGAGAGGAGAAACGGCCACUAAAGGAAAAUGUCUGCAGUUCCUGACGGAAAGAAACUCGUCCGGAGCCCCAGCGGCCUUCGCAUGGUUCCGGAAAACGGCGCCUUUAACAGCCCCUUCUCCCUGGACGAGCCGCAGUGGGUCCCGGAUAAAGAGUGCCCGAGAUGUAUGCAGUGUGACACCAAGUUCGACUUCAUCAGAAGAAAGCAUCACUGCCGGCGGUGCGGCCGCUGUUUCUGCGAUAAGUGCUGCAGUAAGAAGGUGGUGCUGCCCCGCAUGUGUUUCGUUGAUCCGGUGCGGCAGUGCGCCGAGUGCAGCCUGGCCUCGCAGAAAGAGACGGAGUUCUACGACAAGCAGCUCAAAGUGCUUCUGGGAGGUGGCACCUUUGUCGUCACUUUGGGAACGUCAGAGAAGUCUGAAACCAUGACGUGUCGCCUCUCCAACAACCACAGGUAUCUGUUCCUCGACGGUGAAAGUCACUUCGAGGUGGAGUUGUCUCGGAUCUCCAGCAUGCAGAUUCUGACAGACGGCACGAGUCCAGGAGAGAAUGACAUUCACACUUAUACCAGUCUGCUGGACAGUCACUAUAUCUCUGAAGGAGGGACGUCGCGGGCCAGCGGCAUGCUGCUCCACUACAAGCCAAUGGGCUCCCAGGACGCCCAGCAGCUCCGCUUGGAGGCAGCAGACGACAAGAAGGUGGCCUCGUUAUGGUUGGCUGCAAUGCACAAGGCGGCCAAACUGCUGUAUGAAGCUCGGGACCAGUGACGUGCAGGCGGCCUGCAAGACUGAACCUCCAGGCAGCACACACCCAAGUGUUUUGUACCCCGUCUCGCCGGGGUUUGCUAUCGUUUGGAUUUUUAUUAACGCCAGUUCUGAUUCUGCUUAUCCGUCUGAUUCCUCAUCGGUUCUUUAUACCAGUUCUUAUCAUGGUAAUUUCUGCAAGAAAUGUUUAUAUAAAAAACAAACAAUUUAUUACCUCUAUAACCAGUACUUUGUACAUCAUGUUUACCACAAGUAGGCUGAUUGUUCUUCUUCUUUUUGCAUUUUACAUCUCUCUGAGUUCUAUAAUCCUCUUUGAUUUAAUACAUAAUUCAGGGCACGCAGCAUUAAUGUUUCUACAUGAAAAUGGAAGCAACUGAGCAGUGAGACAGCAGGAAAAGCAGCUUUCCAACACAAGUUAGUGUCCGUUGAUUUUGGGAGGCUUCUAAAUUGAAUUCCUGUUCUUUUACUUUCUCAGAUUUGAGAAAUGGACAAUGUUUUUGUUUGCUACAUGAUCCUGCAAUACUUAGUCUGUUUUUUCACACAGAAGUUGAACUUUGACAUUAUAACACCCCUGAAAUGUGGCAUUAUACCUUUUCAUUUCCAUGUUUCAUAACUUCAGAGAUGCAGUAAAACUUCAGAUAGAGGCACAGUUGUUUCGUGGCAACACAAUAAUUUUAUAUGCUGCUGUUAAAUUUUUUUUGCGUCAACAAGGAUUUUAUUUCCUGGAAGAAGUGGUGAGAAACUUUAUGGAUCCCUGUCGGGAUAUCUUUAUUUUUUAUUUUGCUGACCCUCCCGAUGUCAGCUAAACGGCACCAAGUAGGGACUGAACCUUCAGCCGGUUGGAUGCUUGAUGGUAGAACCAGUUUGAUCUUCCAGAUAAAGCAUUGUCUCACGCAGGUUAAAGGACAAAUCCAACUUAAAAACCCUUUAACGCAGAUAGAAAAGCAGCUAUGUGUGAUGCACUUAGCAUUUCAGGGCCCGCUUUGUUUGGUUCAGUUGUUGGUAAUCUGAUAGAUAACAAAGAUGUUUGCUGCAGUGGAGUUUGAUUGCAGAAGAUGUCUCAGCAGUCUUGCGCCUCAGGUCCACUGGAUCUGGCUGUGUCGCAUUCCAGUAUGGUACACUGUUUGUGUACAAGCUCCCUUCAUCUUUACAGAGCUUUAUAAUGAGUUUUAGCUCAUUGUUUAUCUGUCCGACCCUCAACUUUACUGUUUUGGUUCACUCUCACCGCUCUAAUAGCGUCGUUUUCAGAGAAAAAACUCUAAAAACCACACUGUUCACUACCUGCUCAGCAGCAAACAGCAGACAGACACAGUUAGAGACCAGCUGGCGAACAUAGUGGAGUAUUUAGCAGCUAAAGAGCCAGAUGUUUCCCUCAGGAGUUGGUAGAGACCAAAAACAGAGCUAAAAGAGAGAGAAUAUUGGACUUAAAUUCAUCAGGCGACACAAACACGACUCCAAAUGAAUGAUCAUGUUGCGCCGUAACUGCUGGAUGUGUAAAUAAGCAACUGUUUGCUAAUAAGUUCAACUUAAAGGUGAUGAUACAUCAGUGUUCACAAAAAAAAAAUCUGUUUUUUGAGGUUUAAAUAUUUAUCUUUAAGACAUUUAUAUACAUUCACAAGUGAAUUUCACAGUUCAGAGAUGCAAGUUCCUCUGCCAACAAUAGACCCAGCUCGUAAAGAUAGCAGAGCAGUGAAAAGAGCAGCGAGCGCGACACUCUGGUUCUUCUCCGACAGUCGUGCCACAGCUGAAUCAGGUGAAAAUGGGCCGUUAAAUAUUACCAGACAAUGUCAGGUGUUUGUGUUAGUCGCUUAAAAUCAAGUGGCAGCUUUAGGUUUUGAGCACGAGUGAAAGAAUAAUUCCUGAAAUGCAAAGAACAUCACAGAUUUAUUCACAAGUUAAACAAAAUUGUUGGAUUUUUCCUUUAAGAGACCUGCUGUCAUGAAACAGGUGAGUUUCAGAGUAAAUGAGAUGAAAGUUCAGGUUUCUGUUUCUUCUCUGUAACUUGCUCUCUGCUAUACGUAUUCACAGAUUUAAAUCUUUAGGCCUCGGCGUCUAAGGAAACUACAGACUAUUCACUGAUUCUAGUGAAGCAUAAAAACACAGACAUAAUUAAAUGCUUUAAAUGUA